AAACCCAUCAAAUUAGCAGGCUGUUAACGACUUGAAUAGCAAUUUGAACCGAUCUGAACAUAACCUUGUUAACGUUAAUGUAACUGAAUAUUAUCUCCAGUUUGUAACUAGCCCCAGCUUGUGACUCAUUUAUUAACGCUACAUAAACUCGAGUGCAUGUAAUACAUGAGAGUCACAAGCUGGAAGUGGGUUGUAACAUAGUGUAACGUUAGCUUGGUUUAGCAUAUUUGUUGAUAUUAUAUUUCCAGCUGAUAUCAUGCCCGUGCUUGACAGCUCUAAUUGGAGGCUCUUCAGCAGAGGCCCUUGUCAGUCUAAAAGAAGGCAGUUUGUCCAACACUCUGAAUGAAAAGAACAGCUUCCAGAGAGCUCAUAACACCAGGGGACGACAUUCCUCCCUCACAAUGGACACGCCCACACGGAGCUCAAAGAGGAGCCGUUUGCUUCGGGAGGAAGAAGAGCAGCCACAGCAGCGUCUCCCCUCCAGGUCUCCUCGGAGGAGCCAGAGGGUCACCGCCACACCACAGAAGUUUUCUAAUGUGGUGACUCCAGAUAAGAAGGCAUCCCAGAGAAUAGGGCUGAGGUUAAGAAACCUCCUAAAGUUACCAAAAGCUCACAAAUGGUGCAUCUAUGAAUGGUUUUAUUCUAAUAUUGACAGACCUCUAUUUGAGGGCGACAAUGAAUUCUGUCUCUGUCUCAAGGAGUCUUUCCCCAACCUGAAAACAAGAAAGCUGACUAGAGUUGAGUGGGGAACAAUCAGGAGACUGAUGGGGAAACCUAGACGGUGUUCAUCAGCAUUUUUUGCAGAAGAGCGAACAGCGUUGAACCAGAAGAGGCAGAAAAUGCGCCUGCUGCAACAAAGAAAACUGUUGGAUGUGUCAACCUGUAAAGAUCUUCCUGAUGAAAUCCCCUUGCCUCUCAUCAUAGGAACCAAAGUCACUGCUCGACUCCGAGGUGUCCACGAUGGGUUGUUCACAGGGCAGAUUGAUGCAGUGGACACCAGCGCUGCCACCUAUCGUGUCACCUUUGACCGCAGUGGCCUGGGAACACACACUGUGCCUGACUAUGAAGUCCUGAGCAAUGAACCCAAUGAGACCAUGCCCAUCUCCACCUUUGCCCAGAAACACCGGACAACACGUUUCAUGCAAAACCUCAUGACUCCGCCUAGAGGGCCUUACCCAUCUGCUGCCACUCCUGUCCUCAUGGACAAUGACCCUCUUAUCAAUCAGUCACCAUGGAGGAGUAAACUGCUCGGUGCUGAGGGAGAUACUCUGGGAGGAUUUCCUGUCAAGUUCCUGGUCCAAGUGACAAGGCUGUCCAAGAUCCUCAUGAUCAAGAAAGAGCGCAUCAAGCACUUGAAAGAAAUGAACACAGAAGCAGAGAAACUGAAGUCAUACUCGAUGUUUAUUGACUUAGACUUCCAGAAGCGAUAUGCUACCACAGUGCUGGAGCUUGAGCAGCUCAAUAAAGAUCUGAACAAGGUGCUUCAUGAAGUUCAGCAGUUCUGCUGUGAACUUGCUCCAGACCAGGGCAUGGUUCCAGCUGACCAUCCCACAGAGUUGCGGCGGCGUUGUGAAGAAGAAGCCCAGCAGAUGGUGCAGUUGAGCAACUCCCUGAAGGACGGACAGCAGAGCAUGACAAACACCAGUCUGACACACCUCAUGUCCCGCCUCACUGCUCUGCUCCUACAGAUCAAUUGUCUGGCAGAUGGAGGAGACCUGAAUUCAUUUGAAUUCAAAUCUCUAACAGAUUCCCUUAAUGACAUUAAGGCAUCAAUUGAUCCCACCAAUUUCAGUUGCUUCCAGAACAAUGUCGAGAUCCACGUGGCACACAUCCAGAGUGGCCUUAGUCAGCUGGGCAAUCUGCAUGCAUUUGCUUCCAACAACACUAAUGCAGUCUGAGUACCUGUAUCAUCUUCAACACACAUGGGAUCACGCACACACGCAGAUGUGUGGACCGUUCAUAUUGCCUUUAGAGAAGGUGCUUUCACCGAAAGUGUCAGCAGACUUUGAUCACAAGCUAACAUGGAUGUUUUGGACCACCUCUACACAAUCUGAAUUUGGAUCUCCCAGUGAAACAACUCUGUCCAGGUUCCUGAAGCUUUCCUCUGAAAAGGGAAGGUGUCAUGAAUUUUACCCACCCAUUUUAUUGUAUGAAAAUGUUUGUGCACCUAACUGGACACAAAUCUGCAAAGUCUUUCACUAAUGCCACAAGCCCACAUCUCCAAAUUCUCAGUGGUUAUAUAUUGGUCUUGUGCCAAACAUUGAUUCUUACAGUUUUUAUAGUCCAUAUUUAUUUAUUUUUGAGUAGGUGUGUAUGGUUGUGAAACAAUAUUUUUCUAUCUCUUCAGUUUCCUUAAGUGUUGUGCUCUGCUGUUCUUCUGAUAAUAAGCAUAGAGGGAAGCUAAAAAUGUUUUAUAAAAAUGUUUAUUGUAGAUAAUUGUACAAUAUCUCUGAUUACUAGGACUAUCCUUGGCAUUUCUGCUGUGUGCACUGAAAAGAGAUUUUGGUAUUUUUAUAAAGGAAAACUCUGGGGUUUUGAUGCCUUUUACUCCCUAAGAUGGUCUUAGCAGUUCCACAUUUGGCAUGGCUGUUGCUGCAACACACUCUUAAAAAUUAAAAUUAACAGUUUUUUCCUAGAGAAUCUGCUUUUUCAGUUUUGUAUAGUUGUAUAUGAGAGUGCCUCAGGGCAACUGUAUAUGAAUGUUUGUCUUUUUAUAUUAAAUACUGUAAAGUAGCA